GCUGUCUCUUUCUGCUUACAGAUACCACAAGGCAGCCAAGACCUGGAGAAUUAAAUGGCAAAGAUUACCACUUUGUGACCCGAGAGGAAAUGCAGAAAGAAAUCGAUGCUGGUGAAUUCAUCGAGCACGCAGAGUUCUCCGGAAAUAUGUACGGGACGAGUAAAGGUGCAGUGCAGGCUGUUCAGGCUCAGAACCAGAUCUGUGUCCUUGACAUCGACAUCCAGGGCGUGAAGAACAUCAAGAGGACAGACCUCAACCCCAUCUACAUCUCCGUGCAGCCGCCAUCCAUAGACAUCUUGGAAAAAAGACUACGUGACCGACAGACCGAGACAGAAGAAAGUUUACUGAAGCGUUUGACCGCAGCCCGCGUGGAUUUGGAACUUAGUAAAGAGCCUGGCCUGUUUGACCUGGUCAUUAUUAACGAUGAUUUAGAAAAAGCCUAUUCCGAAUUGAAGGAGAUCCUCCUGGAGGAAAUCAAGAAGACCCAAGAAUCCAGGAAGUCCUGAGCCCGCUUGGACUUUUUAACUUUGUACCUCAUUCCCGAAGCACACCACACCGUUUUAUUCCGAGAGACAUUCCCUUUAGGCUGAUCUUCCUCCCAAGUUACCCUAGGAUGUUUCUAUUAAAAGGAAAGAAAA